AAUAUACUCACUUUUUUGGCCCACAUUAAUGUACAAAUAUAUGCAUUUGUCAUCUCAUAGUUUCUAGCUUUUGUAGUCAAUCAUUCAUUCACAAAAAAUACAAAAACAUUAUGGGGAUGGUCAUGAGUUACAUGGGAGGAACAGGUGAGGGAAUAGCCUCCCAAACUUUAAGUUUUGUAUCUGGAGCAUUGUAUGAUCAAUUUAUGAAGAAAGAAAUCAAAAACUUUGAUGCCUUCCACACUGCAAUUCUUGAUAUCUUCAACACUAUCAACAUGGCCUUGCCUGGUAAGCAUUAUGAUGCACCAUCAAACAAGGAAAUUGAGGACUUUUUUAAACUAUGGCAUAAAUCAGAGGAAGAAGACAAGAACAAAAUUUUCACUGAUUUCAUGAUUAAGAAUGUGAAUAUCAGUAAAGUCGAUGAUUCUAUGAUGAUCACCGGAAUCGUUGCACCUCCGGCAGCUAUGGUAGCUAAAAGAUCAGGACAAUCUUUGCCUCAGCUGAGUCUCAUGAAAUCCAUACCUGAUGUUAUCUUUGUCCCAACCGCUACGAUUUUGGCUCUCAUUGCUGUUAAAGUUACCAAGAGAAUGACAUUGAAGAAAUUGAAUCCUGUUUAAUUUUCAAUCCUUGUGUAAUAGAAUGACUAAUCAUCAUCGCUUGUGAUUGUGCAAUACUAUGCGUGAAACUCGCGUCACGAGUGAAUGUUUCGUGUCAUUCUUGUCACGUUAGAGUAACGUGACCAAAAUGUUACUUUACUCAAACUUUAUAUUGAAAAUUUAAAUGAA